AUUAAAUUGCAGCAGAAGCAGAGCUUCUGAAAGUGGAAUGAUAAUUUGCUGACACCAAUUUGAACAGACAAAAGUCCAAGAAAAAGAUUUCUCCUUAGUUUAUCAUUCAGAAUUCAGAUGUCAAUGAUAUGAACCAAGACCGUGAACUCAACGCGGGAAUUCAUCAAAAUGAAAUCUUUUUUAGUAAUUUAAUGAGUGAAAAGAGUUGGGAGUAAUCGUGCCGGCCUCAAUGUUGGAGCAUUCAACAAAUCACUUUCUCUCCCUCUCUCACCUUCUCUCUCUCUCUCUCUCUCUAAAGUUGUCAGCUUGAGAGAGGGAAACCAUUAGUUUCACAUAGUGGAGGUGGUGGUGCGUGAAAAAAGAUGGCUUCUUUGGGGAAUGUGGGCAGAGCAUCGCACAAGCCUGAGAGGCCCCGGCCAUCGUCGUCGCCGCAGUCUGCUUCUUUGAGAAAUAACGGCGGCGGUGCACAAGGCCAGCCGCAUUCUGUCCGUUCCAAAGCUGCACCCUCCAAUUCCAGACGCUCUGUCACGCCAACUUCAAGAACUCGCUCUCUCCCUCUUGAUUCUGACCAAGAAUCCGAAAGAGUGAGAGUUGCUGUUAGAAUCCGACCUAAAAAUGCCGAGGAUCUCUCUGAUGUCGAUCAUGCUGAUUGCGUAGAACUUCAGCCUGAGCUCAAAAGAUUAAAGUUGAGAAAAAACAACUGGAGUUCUGAGUCUUACAGAUUUGAUGAAUUAUUCACUGAAAGUGCAUCUCAGAAGCGCGUAUAUGAGGCGGUAGCAAAGCCUGUCGUUGAGAGUGUGCUGGAUGGAUAUAAUGGCACGGUUAUGGCUUAUGGCCAGACAGGCACCGGCAAGACCUACACACUUGGCCGGAUAGGAAAAGACGAUGCUUCGGAGCGUGGAAUAAUGGUUAGAGCUCUGGAGGACAUAUUGGCGGGCACAUCGGUAUCAGACACCAUAGAAGUCUCUUAUUUGCAGUUAUACAUGGAAUCUAUUCAAGAUUUACUUGCUCCUGAAAAGACAAACAUUCCGAUCGUUGAGGAUGCAAAGACUGGAGAAGUAUCGGUGCCUGGAGCCGAAAUAGUUAAAAUACGGAAACUCGACCACUUCUUGCAACUAAUGCAACUUGGAGAAGCUAAUCGUCAUGCGGCCAAUACAAAGAUGAAUACAGAAUCUUCACGUAGCCACGCGAUUCUCAUGGUCUACAUUCGUAGAUCUGCACACGAGAUAGAAGAAACGGAUCAAGAAAAAGGCAUCACGACAGGUCGACAAGGCCAUCAUGUGCUGACUAUCCGGAAAAGCAAGUUACUGAUAGUGGAUCUUGCAGGAUCCGAACGAAUAGACAAAUCAGGGAGUGAAGGCCACGUGCUCGAGGAGGCCAAAUUCAUCAAUCUUUCUCUUACUUCACUAGGGAAAUGCAUAAAUGCACUAGCUGAAAAUAGUCCUCAUAUACCAAUUAGAGAUUCAAAAUUGACAAGAUUGCUUCGGGAUUCAUUUGGAGGUUCUGCAAGAACUUCACUCAUAAUAACAAUCGGGCCAUCUUCUCGUCAUCAUGCAGAAACUGCAAGUACUGUAAUGUUCGGACAACGGGCCAUGAAAGUUGUAAAUACAGUGAAGCUGAAAGAAGAAUUUGAUUACGAAAGCUUAUGCAGGAAGCUGGAGACUCAAGUUGAUCAUCUUUCUGCAGACAUUGAUCGGCAACAAAAGUUGAGAGAGAAUGAAAAAAAUGAAUUGAAGAAGUUGCUAGAAGAAUUUGAAAAUUCUUCUGCUGAAGCAGAAAAGAAAUUUGCUGUUAGGUCUGAGUUACUGCAGAAGGAGAAUGCUCAAUUAACAUCAAAAAUGAAGGAGCUACUCCAAGAAUUGGAUAGUCAGAAAGAAGAAAACAAAGUAUUGAUUGAUGAGGUUGCCCGCUUGGCAACGAGUUUGAAUGAUAUUAAGUGUUUGGAGGAGGAAAACAAUCGUCUGGAACAUGACUUGAAUGAUGCUAUGGAUGAUCUGAAACACCAAAAAGAACAAAACAUUAUCUUGUGUGACGAGGUUGCACGUCUAGAGAUGAAUCUAAAGCUCGACAAGCAAAAGCAGCUAGAUGACUCGGCAUAUCAGAAAAUACUUGCUGAUACAACCCAAAUGUACGAGGAGAAAAUAGCUGAUUUGACGAAGAAGAUAGGACACGAGAAUGCUCAAAACAGUGGUGCUGAAGAAGAAAUGGAGAAGAUGAAGAAGCAAGUAGCUGAUUAUCAUCUGCUGCUUGAGAAAAGUCAGGUCGAGAACUCCAGAUAUCGCAAAGCACUUGCAGACACCACGAAGAUGUAUGAAGAGAGAAUAGAUUCAUUAAAUCAACGGAUUGAAGAUGAGCGCGUACAUGCUGGCGAACUUGAAGAAGAGUUGAAUUUAAUGAAAAACCUUCUUCAUGAGCAUCAAACUUCAUCCAAGGCUUCGGCAGAGAAAGAGCUGGCCGAGCUUCGAAUGAGAUUGCAAGAAGUGCAUCAGCUGCAUGAGGCAACUACUGAUGAACUUCGACUAUUACACAUACAAAAUAAGAAUCUAGAAUCAGAAAAGGCAAUACUUAGAAAUGAACUUCAUGCAGUCAGACUAACACUUCAAGAAGAGGAAAAACGAAGAAAAGAAGCUGAAACAGAACUGAUUCACUUAAUAAAGGGUGUACCAGAAAGUGAAGAUGGCUUUGAGGAAAAGGUAUCUUACGUGAAUGAAAAUAUAACCAAGUCUUCAGCUUUACGUAGUCCACAAAGCUCACACAAGUCUAGCCGGUCAAGAGAAACUAUCCUCAGCCAAAGGAAUACGAUUACCAAGAUAUGCGAGGAAGUUGGUCUCCAAAAGAUAUUAUCACUGUUAGAAUCUGGAGAUUUAGAUGUUCAAACUCAUGCAGUCAAAGUUGUUGCCAACCUUGCAGCCGAAGACAUCAAUCAGGAAAGAAUUGUACAGGAAGGUGGUUUAGAUGCACUGCUUAAGUUAGUGGAGUCGUCACAGAACACGACAAUACUGAGAGUUGCUUCUGGUGCCAUAGCAAAUUUGGCAAUGAAUGAAGUGAACCAAGGUUUGAUAACAAGUAGAGGAGGCGCUAAACUUCUCGCGACUGCAGCUUCCAGAACAGACGAUCCUCAAACACUUCGGAUGGUUGCUGGAGCUAUCGCAAAUCUAUGUGGAAAUGAAAAGCUGCACGCGGUUUUGAAAGAUGACGGAUCCAUCAGAGCUCUAUUAGGAAUGACGAGAUCGGGGAACACUGAAGUCAUUGCUCAGGUUGCAAGAGGAUUGGCUAACUUCGCCAAGUGUGAGUCGAGAAGAAUCAUGAAAGGACACUGGAGGGGUCGCUCGCUGCUAAUGGAAGACGGAGGUCUGUCGUGGUUGGUUGCAAACUUGAAGACGGCGUCUGCCCCGACCAGACGCCACUUGGAACUUGCCAUUUGCCAUUUAGCUCAAAAUGAGGACAAUGCGGCGGAUUUCAUAAACAGUGGAGGGGUGAAGGAGCUGAUCGAUAUCUCCGACGAGUCGAGCAGAGAAGACAUUCGGAGCUUGGCCAAGAAGACGCUUAGGUUGAGUUCGUUUUUUCGAGGGGAGAAUGAUGGUGCUCAAAGACUUGCUUGAGCUGUUUCUCAGCUUCUUUAUUCAAAUACUGACUUAACCUUUGAGAGUUGUGAUAAAUUUGUAAAUAAAAUUUUGGAGGAAAUAUAGAAGCAUGAUUAGUGACACUUGCAGGAGAAGGUACAAGCAUGUUAAUGUUGGAAAACGCAAUGAAUUGAAAAAUAAAUGAAAGCUUGAAAAUA